UCUCUCUCUCUCGCUGGAGAGUCGAUGCUACCAAGGAAACACACAUGCAGCCAGGCAUCCAGCGGACACUGAUUUCUGGAUUUCGGCGGCAGCCCUGGUUCAUGUGAUCCUCAUUAGUUGAUGCUAACCGAAAGCAUCCCCGCGGUAUUGGGAGCCAUAGAUAUGUAAACUCAACUCAAAAAAGCACUCGGCCGCAAAAGAGAAGAGAGGAGGAGGCGUCUACGUCUGAGAAUACAGGUCCAGUGAGGUGUGGGGUGAUCGUGAUUUCCCAUCAUGCCUCUGGUCAAGCGGAGUAUUGAGCCCAGGCACCUGUGCCGAGGGGCCGUGCCGGACGGGGUCACCAGCGAGCUGGAGUGUGUGACCAACAGCACGCUCGCCGCCAUCAUCAAGCAGCUCGGCAGCCUCAGUCGCCACGCUGAGGACAUCUUUGGGGAGCUGUUCAACGAGGCCAACAGCUUCUACAUGCGCAUGAACAGCCUGCAGGAGAGAGUGGACCUGCUCGCCGUCAAGGUCACUCAGCUGGACUCCACUGUGGAGGAGGUCUCCCUGCAGGACAUCAACAUGAGGAAGGCCUUCAAGAGCUGCACCACCCAGGACCAGCAGGUGGUGUCCAGGAACUCCAUCCCCAACCCAGUGAUGGAGAUCUACCACCACGUGGACAAACCUCCACCACUCAAUAUACUGAGUCCAUACAGGGAUGAUAAGAAGGAUGCGCUGAAGUUCUAACACAGACCCUCCUACUUCUAUCUGUGGAAGGAGAAGAUGCUGCAGGCCAACGAGGACAAGAGGAAGGAGAGAGAUACUGGAUGCCCCGCCCACCCAGACCAGGUCCGGCCUCAGUCCCGACAGGCCACGCCCAGAAGCCCCAUGUUUGGCUCCGAGCAACAGAAACAGGUGGAGGACCCGAGCCGUGAGGUGAAGAAGGUGCGUAAAGCACGGAACCGACGCCAGGAGUGGAACGUCAUGGCCUACGACAAAGAGUUCCGCCCCGACGCGCGCUUCACACCCUCGCCGUAUCACGGCAUGUCCUCGGAGGGAUCCCUGUCUCCUGACAACAGGUCGGUGGCAUCAGAUCUGGGGGAGCACUCCUACCCGGCGAGUCCCAGUCACCCGUCCCAGCAGGCGGCGGCGGCGGCGGCGGCCCCGUCCUCGGCGUACUCCGCCCUGGAGGGCAAGGAGCUGCUGCUGCCCAACCAGACCCAGUCCCUGGACCGGCCCUACCGCGUGCCCGGCUCCGCCGCCGCCGCCUCCGCCGCCGGUGCCCCCCCGCCCGGGCACAAGACCCUGGGCCGGGUACAGCCCCCGCACGGACCCCCCGCCGUGGACCCCACACUCAACGGCCCGCGCCAGCAAGUGGGCAAGGACUACGGUGGUCCUCCUCAGCACCCGGAGUACUACGUGCCUCCCGCCCCUCCCCCUCCCCCCCCCCUCAUCCCGUCGGCGCAGACGGCGUUCGACAGCCCUGCGGUGCCCCCGGCUCCGCUGCCGCCCGGCGCCCUGGCCGCCAUGUCCCGCUCCUACAGCCCCUCGCCCCCCACCCCCGCCCUGCCGGCCUCCUACACCCCGUCCCCCUCCCACCCCCCUUCCGGGGCGCCCCCGGCCGCUCCGCCGCCCCCACCCCCCUCCGGAGGAGGACCGCCGGGCCACGCUCACCCCCACGCCGCGCUGUCGGCCCCCGCCGAAGCCCCCGCGGCGCCCAGGAAGGGCCACAUGCCCUUCGUCCCCAUGAGCGACGCCCGCAGCGACCUGCUGGCCGCCAUCCGAAGAGGUAUCCAGCUGCGUAAGGUGCAGGAGCAGCGUGAGCAGGAGGCCAAGAAGGAGCCGGUGGGCAACGACGUGGCCACCAUCCUGUCCCGCCGCAUCGCCGUGGAGUACAGCGAGUCCGACGACGACUCCGAGCUGGACGAGAACGAGUGGUCCGACUGAGCCGAGCGGUGCGGGGAGCGGGAGAGGGCCGAGCGAGAAGAACGGCUGGACGGCGGUGGAGUGGAGGAGCGAAGAGGAAGAAGAGGAGGAGGAGGAAGAGGAGGAGGAGGAGGAGGAGAGAGGAGGAUUGUGGGAUAUGAUCCUGGAAGUGUGCUGGCGAAAGCAGCAGGAUGUUUACGGAACUGGCGUGAAAGGUCGUUGUGAAGGUCAAGGUCACGUAGCACAAUGCGGUGUGUGUGUGUGUGUGUGUGUGUGUGUGUGUCUUUAUAUGCCACCAAUCUCCCCAUUGAUGAUCUCACUCGUCUCGUUAACCGACGGCAAGACGAGGUCUACAGGGAGGUCUCAAUCACAGUCACACACACUCAAGACUCUGUUACACACACGUGUACAUAUAAUUUCACUUAGCUGGACGAGGGCUUUUCUUCGGACGACCCGCAGUAACUGGUGGUCAGGAGAGGUCAUCUGUUACAGGUGGUUGUUUUGCAUUUCUCCGUUUGACACCAGGUGAAGGAUCAUCACAUGCAGCUGUAGAAUUGCCUGUCGUUCUAAACACUUACAUUUAAAUCUAACAUCCUAAAGUCUUAAUCCGUAUAGAGUAUCGGUAGGCUUUUGUAAGUUCUCAUGUGUACAUGCCAUACACACACAGACACACACACACACACACACACACACACACAUACAUACACACACACACACACACACACACACACACACACACACACACACAUACACACACACACACACACACACACACACACACACACACACACAUUACACUCAUACACACACACACACACACACACACACAGAUAUAUGCAUAAUUUCAUGCUGUACGUAGACCCACCAUUCGUCACUCAGAUCUGGUGACUAACCCUUGAGAAUGACUUCACCAUCGAACUGCUGACUGGUCGUCUAUAGCAACACUAAUUUUAGUCCAGUGGCCUCGAACUGUAACAGUAGCUGUGAAGUUGAAGGAAGUGAUGUAUAUGUGACACAGGAUGUGAAUGUAUACUGUGGCAGGCUUCACAUCCUAGCAACAUACAGUAUCAGCUGUUUCCCUGACAAUGGAACUAAAAAGAUAAUGUGUCAAAAUAUGACAAGGUCACCUCAAGCACAGAAAGACAGAGAGGAAAAAUAUUUUGCUUAUUUUUUGUUCUUUCUAUGGCAAUGUCUGUGAUCAAAAAAGCAUUUCUUUGGUAGCCACCUUAUUUUGAAGCAAUAUCUUUAUCUAACUCUUAUUUAUUUAUCUCUGAAAAUGUGAAUUAAAAAGCUACCAAGUAUAAACAAGCUACUGUGACAAUAUGUCUGGACAAUCGUAAGUUUUAAGUCUCUUCAGUUUGUAUUAGGUAGUACUACAUGCCAUCGGCCUUUUGAUGGUAUUCCCAAUGAAAGUAGACUUUAUUUAGCUUCAAAUGAAAA